AUGCUGCGAUUUCAGCGCUUUGCGUCUCACUACAACCAAUCCAAGCUUCUCCGAAAAUACCCUGUUGGUGGCAUAUUACAUGGCUACGAAAUCAAACGGGUUCUACCCGUUCCUGAAAUGAAAUUCGUUGCAGUCGACCUCCAACAUGUGCAAACAGGAUCUCAACAUCUACACGUUGAUAGAGAUGACAAGAAUAACGUUUUCAGUGUCGCAUUCAAAACCAAUCCUCCAGAUGAUACUGGUGUUCCCCAUAUUUUAGAGCAUACAACCUUGUGCGGUUCUCAAAAGUACCCUGUCAGAGAUCCAUUCUUCAAAAUGCUUAAUAGAUCACUGUCCACUUUUAUGAACGCCAUGACAGGCCAUGAUUACACAUUCUACCCAUUUUCUACCGCAAAUGAAGCCGAUUUCAAGAAUCUAAGAGACGUCUAUAUCGAUGCAACGUUUAAUCCACUAUUGAGGCAUGAAGAUUUUUUGCAAGAAGGUUGGAGACUUGAAAAUUCAAACCUGCAAGAUCCAAAAAGUGACAUUGUCUUCAAGGGAGUCGUUUAUAAUGAAAUGAAGGGACAGAUUUCAAGCUCCAACUAUCAAUUUUGGACCAAAUUCCAAAAAACCAUCUACCCUUCCUUGAACAAUUCUGGGGGAGACCCUCAGAAAAUUACAGAUUUGCACUACCAUGAGCUGCUUUCAUUCCACGCCAAGCACUACCAUCCUUCUAACGCAAAGACUUUCACAUACGGUAAUUUUGCGCUUGCUGAGACUCUUCAAAGACUAAAUGACGAGUUCAAGUUGCGUGGUAAGCGGAACAUCAAGAAUGAGCCUCUCCUACCUCUAAAAUUUGACACUGAUGUCCGAGUAAUAGAAAAUGGUGAACUGGACCCUAUGCUGCCGCCGGACAAACAGCUGAAGACUUCCAUGACAUGGGUAUGCGGAGACCCAUCUCGCGUUUAUGACACAUUUGUUUUGAGAGUGCUGGGUAAUUUGCUUCUGGAUGGCCAUUCAUCCUCCAUGUACCGCGAAUUAAUUGAGUCAGGAAUUGGUCAUGAAUUCACUGUCAACUCUGGCGUGGAUUCCACCACUGCCGCCAAUUUUUUCACUGUCGGUGUUCAGGGAUGUACUGACGCUUCAAUGUUCGAAAAGACAGUGCACGACAUUCUGAAAUCGACGUUAGACAAGUCUUUUGAGCCCACAAAGGUUGAGGCCAUCAUACAACAGCUUGAACUUUCCAAGAAAAAUCAAAAGCCUGAUUUUGGACUACAGCUGUUGUCGUCCAUCGUACCUGGUUGGGUGAAUACGACAGAUCCAUUUGAUAACUUGGUUUUUGACGACAUCUUAACCCAGUUCAAAUCGGACUGGGCAGAAAAGGGCCACGGCAUGUUCCGUGAGGUCCUAGAGAAACAUUUUGUUGAAAAACCUUGUUUCUAUUUUUCUAUGAAAGCUGAUCCAAACUUUUCUCAAAGACUUGAGCUCGAAGAGGCUGAGCGUCUGGGACGUAAAGUGAAAGAGUUGGACGACAGCGAUAAAGAAACGAUUUUGAAGCGCGGUCUACAACUUCAAGAGACCCAGAAUUCCACGGAGGAUGUUUCGUGCCUGCCAUCGCUUCAAAUCAAAGAUAUCCCCCGUAAGGCGGACACAUUCAAGGUGGAGAAGAAGGCCGCAGUCAUUCACAGAAUAACGGACACUAAUGGCAUCACUUAUUUGAGAGGUAAAAGAAACCUCAAUAGCGCUAUACCCCGCCAUCUGUAUCCAUAUUUGUCUCUGUUCGCUGAUUGUCUUAUGUCCCUAGGUACGCCUCAUGAAAGUUUCAGCGAGAUCGAAGAUGAGAUGAAGCUGCAUACAGGUGGAGUUUCCACCAGUGUGUCUGUGCAUAGUGAUGGUGAGACGCUCGAACCUCAAGUUGAAUUCGCAUUUGAAGGAUAUUCUCUAGAUUCCAAGACAGAACACAUUUUUGAUAUCUGGCGUAAAGUAAUUGUUGAAACGGACAUUUCGAAGCACAGCGAAAAACUCAAAGUUCUAAUCAGAUCUAUUGCUUCGUCUAAUACCGCAUCUGUGGCAGAAAGUGGUCAUUCCUAUGCUAGGGGCUAUACAGGUGCUCACCUAACCUCUUCAAGAGCUAUCAAAGAGACCAUUGGUGGUAUAGAACAGUUGCAGCUCAUAACACGUCUGUCUGCUUCUCUAGACGAUCCAGCUUUGUUCCAAUCGGAGGUUAUUGAUAAAUUGGUGGAACUCAAGAGCUAUGUUGUAGCCAAGAACGAUAUGGAGUUUUUCAUUACCUGCGAUACUGACAAGCAAGUUACCAAAGUCGAAUCCCAGAUACAGGGUUUUUUGAAGAGCUUGCCUGAUACCUCUCAAGCAUGUUCGUUUUUGUCAAACCAAUAUCCAACCCUACCUUCGAACGGCAAACCUACCUUGAUCUCUUUCCCCUUCCAAGUCCACCACACAUCUCAAACUAGCAUGGGCGUUCCAUACACUCAUGCUGACGGUGCCAGUCUUCAAGUUCUUUCGAAUCUGCUCACUUUCAAGCACCUCCACCGCGAAAUCAGGGAAAAGGGGGGUGCAUACGGCGGCGGCGCCGCUUACAGCGCUUUGGACGGACAGCUUUCAUUUUACUCUUAUAGAGAUCCACAGCCACUCAAUACUCUAAGCGUGUUCCAAAAUUCUGGCCUUUACGCUGUUGAAAAGGCAGAUUGGCAGAAUAGCGAUCUAGAUGAAGCCAAAUUAACGAUUUUCCAGCAGGUGGAUGCCCCUAUCAGUCCUAGCAGUGAGGGAGUGACAGAGUUCACUUACGGCAUCACUGACGAUAUGCGGCAAAGAAGAAGAGAACAGUUGCUUGACGUAAGUUUGGCUGACGUUCGCAAUGCUGCUGAGAAAUACUUAUUCAAUACAGAAACGGUAUCUGCAGCUAUUGGACCCAAAUUGGCGGAGAUGCAGAAGGAAAGUUGGAACAUCAAAGACUUGCAGUGA